AUGGAAAAUCAGAAUAAUGUCACAGAAUUUGUUCUUUUGGGACUAUUUAUGAACAAGGAGAUGAAGAUAAUAUGCUUUGCAUUCUUCUUGCUUUGCUAUUUUGCAAUUUUCCUGGGCAAUUUCAUCAUCUUUGUCACUAUCACCUAUAGCCAUCUGAUCCAGCAACCCAUGUACUAUUUUCUGUGUCAUUUGUCCCUCAUGGAUCUGGCGUAUACUUCCACCAUUAUCCCCAGACUGAUCAGAGACUUAGCUGCCAAAAGAAAAACCAUAUCUUAUAAUGGCUGCAUGACUCAGCUCUUCAGUGCUCACUUACUGGGUGGUGUUGAAAUGUUCAUUCUAGUGUCCAUGGCCUUUGAUCGCUAUAUUGCCAUCUGUAAACCCUUGCACUACAUGGUCAUCAUGAACCGUCGCAGAUGUAACAUGCUGAUCUUGGUUGCUUGGGCAGUAGCCUUUUGGCAUUCUAUUGCCCAGCUGCUCAUGGUUCUCAGGCUACCUUUCUGUGGCCCUAAUCAUAUUGACCACUACAUAUGCGAUGUGAAACCCCUCCUGAAACUGGUCUGUGGUGACACUCAUGUUGUUAGUAUCUUGGUCAUUGCUAACAAUGGGAUGGUUUGCCUGAUCACUUUUCUUGUCUUGGUUGCAUCUUAUGUAGUAAUAUUGUAUCAUAUUCGAAUGCAUUCAACAGAAGGUCGUCAUAAAGCACUCUCCACCUGUGGCUCUCAUAUCAUGGUUGUGGUCCUGUUUUUUGUGCCCUGUAUCUAUGCCUAUGUGCCACCUCCCAGUGCCAAUAAUAAUGAGAAGGAAUUUUCUGUGUUGUACACUGUGAUCGCACCCAUGCUAAACCCUCUCAUCUACACAUUGAGAAAUACAGAAAUGAAGAGUGCCAUGCGAAAGGUGUGGUACCGAAAAAUAUAG